CGUGCUACAGUCCGUCAUUACACGCAGGAAAGCAGGGAUGUGUUUUCGGUACGAAUCGUUCUUUCGACUUAUCGUUCACUUAGAAGAUUUGUUUCACAAAAAGACUUUCACAAAAAGACAGCACAUUUUCCACACCGGUCCAAAUUGAGCAGGAUCUGUGACAGUGACACAUGGAUGGAUUCGCGGUCAGGAUGAGGCUCCGCCUGCUUAGCGGGGACUUCAGCUGCCACUUUAUGUAACGUUAGUGCUGCUAACGUCGAUGUACUCUGUCGGCAGACUCGUUCAGCUGACCCUGGUCAACGUCGGGUUUGAAGUAUAUUCCUAAUUGGAACUGGCUGGCUGUUUUCACAAUGGGUAAUUCAACCGGGCACAACAACACUAUGAGUAUCCCACCAGGAAAAGGACCCCACCAGGUGGGAUGCACAGACCUGAUGGUGGGCCAUACAGUCCAUGGUACAUUCUUGAGACUCUACUAUCCGUGCCAAGCAUCCAAGAAUCAUCAGCUGCCAGACUGGGUCCCAUGCAGGGAGUAUUUUAACGGCCUCGCAGACUUUAUGAAGAUGAACAGAGCACUCAGUGAAAGAAUUUUUAACUACCUCUUUGGGUCUUGUGAAAUCCCAGCAGCCUGGAAUGCAUCGUUUAAACCGGAUGGCAAGUAUCCUGUUAUUAUUUUCUCUCAUGGACUGGGAGCUUUCAGGACAUUGUAUUCGGCCAUAUGUAUUGAAUUGGCGUCACAGGGCUUCAUUGUUGCAGCCGUGGAGCACAGGGAUGAAUCUUCUUCUGCAACUUUUUACUUCAGAGAGCAUGCUGAGCCAGGAACAAGAAAGCAUCCAUCAUGUGACAUAGCCAAGCCUGUGUCUGAUAAUCUGGAGGAGGUUUGGAUGUACUACAGGCCGUUGAAACUAGGCGAGAAUGAGUUUCCUCUAAGAAACAAGCAAGUAAAGCAAAGAGCAGACGAAUGCAUCAGAGCCUUAGAUCUUCUAUUUGACAUCAAUUCAGGAAAGUCUGUGGAGAACAUCUUACAGUGUGACUUUGAUUUGUCAACAAUGGAGAACUCCAUGGACUUGUGUAGGAUAGCGAUUAUGGGACAUUCCUUCGGGGGCGCAACGGUGAUCGAAUGUUUGUGCAAGGACGUCAAAUUUAAGUGUGGUGUGGCACUGGACACCUGGAUGUUUCCUCUGGACGAGGAGAUCUUCCCAGGAGUGAAGCAGCCAAUCUUUUUUAUAAACUCAGAAAAAUUCCAGUGGAUUGGGAAUAUCAUCCGCAUGAAGAAGCUGGACUCUGCUAUCUUUCCUAGAAAAAUGAUAACCAUCAAAGGGACGGUCCAUCAGAGCUUCCCAGAUUUCACAUUUCUUACUGGGAACUGGAUUGGAAGGCUCAUGAAGCUAAAAGGAGAUAUAGAUCCACACAUAGCCUUGGAUCUUUCCAACAAAGCAACUUUGGCUUUUCUUCAGCGCCACUUAAAUAUGGACAGAGACUUUAAUCAGUGGGAUCCAUUAAUUGAUGGAAAAGAUGACAAUUUGAUUCCAGGAACCAACAUUAGUAUACCACAGUCAUAUAUUUAAUUGAGCAACAUGAAAUGUGUAUCAGUACAAUGAUUUUGUAAUAUUGCAAAUGCGCAUGUAACAAAUAGUCAAGGUUAUAUAUUUGAGAAAGAUCCAAUCUAUCAUCAUGCAAAAUCUUUUUUUUCCCCAUAAAAAAAAAACUAAAUUAUUGACUGCCGUGUAUGAAUAGGAUUGAAUUUGUACUAUGAAUUUGACUGUGAUCUGAUGUAAAUUACACUUUUUUUUAAAGCUGCAAAACUACAAUUUAUACAGGAUGACUUAUAAAAGGUACCACUUGCUAACAGUCACAUAGUUGCAAACCAGACAGUGCCAUAGACUUUAACUUUUUUUUUUUUUACACUUCACCAUCCUUUGUCAUGCCUUAAUGUUUUUAGAAUUAUAUUAAGUGGAUUUUUAUAUCAAUGCAAUGUCUUCAAUAAAUCUGUGACUGAUGUUACAAGGGGACAGUUGGUAGACAACCAUUAGGAAAUAUGAAACACCAUACUGUGAAAUAUAUCCAUCAUAUCCUGCUUGUUUCAGCCUAACAGUUUUAACAUCUGAAAAAGUAGAAAGAUACCUCAGUUUUCUCUGAAUCUGUAACUAAAACCUGUAAUUCGCUGAUUUUUAAGUCAAUAGAAUCCGUUUUUACACUACUAAUUUUUAGUCAGUGAAAAAAAUAAACUCUGUAUUGAAAUUUCAGUAUCUCUAUGGUUUCCAGUAAAGUCACAAAAUGCAUUAUGUAUAUGGGAUUUUUUUUUAUUAAACAGAAAAUGUCA